ACUGUGACACGUACCACUUUGUAGUACUCUGCUCUGUUCGAUUAAAAUUCUUACUGUAAUACGAAAGCAAUGGCGAGCUCACUGGUUUCAUUUGUCAAGAAUUUGUUUCCUGGAGGACCUAGAACGGCAGCAUUUAAGACUCUAGCCUCAAUUGUUGGGUUCUGGUCUCUGGAAAAGUUACUUGAGAGUAAACAAAGUUACUACUGUCCAACGGAAGGUUAUACUCUGUAUGGUGGACUGUUUCUCUUUGCUCCAGUCUUGUGUAUGAUUAUAUUAUGUCUUAUAUUUAAUAAAACGUUUUGGGAUUCCUUUGCUGAUUGGUUUCGUGGAAAUCUCAGAGCUAUAGAUUUAUGUAGAAAUUGCUGUCAUGUUUUGCUCAACUCGCUCGUGAUUGUUUUUGCGUGGCUUAUAAUAGCUUUUGCAUCCACAGAUUAUUUGGUUUGUUUUUGUGUCGGUGGAAAGCCAGAUCCUGAAGUAGCUGCUAAAAUAAAACGAUUCUCAACAAUCCUCGCCUGGUUGUUAUUAAUCUGUGCAUUGUUGUUGGCAUUUUUUUAUAAAAUUAUUGUGAAUUGCUGCUGUUCAAGGGUGACGUUAUUUCCGGACUACAAAAGAAUCGAAGCAUUAGCUGUAUUGAAAACAUUGAGGAAAGAAGCUAAACGAAAGGUCGAAGAAGAAGGUGAACAAAAAGCGAAAAACAUUUUGGAAACUAAUGAUAAUAAAUCAGCCUUGGUAGUCGUCGAUGAGGCAGAGAAGUGGUACAAGAAUAAAUAUUUACGUGUAAAUAACAACUUUUGUUCUUAUGAAGACGUCAAGGAAACGGACGAGGAAGAUAAUACACCCAAGCAAAUUUUAAUUUUUUAAUUUCUAAAUAAGAAUAGAAAUUAUAAAAUGAAUGUUUACAUGUUCAGAAUGCUGAACCAAGCAAUAACUUUGUACUGUUUGUUUGUGAAAAACGUUAAUUGCAAUUUUAAAGUCUUUGUAUUUCACUGUUGAAAAGAUAUUUUUAUUACAUGUGUAAGAUUAUCUGGAAUAAAGAUCUCGAUGCCUGUAGUA